GGUUUAGACAACUCACAAGAACGCUAAAUCAUCUCAGAAGAACGCUAAAUCAUCUCAUCCAUCUCUUCCAUAGAGUAUGUAGGUGGGUUGAACUCCAAACAAGUCGGUCUCCCCAGUAGUGAAAUUAUUAACUGAUCCAUGGAUAUUUGACAUGCAAGUAGGCAGUAAUUCAAGUACUACUGCAAUUGUUCCUUUUCUUCUUAAAGAAGACAACUAUGAAGACUGGAGUAUAUACGUUGAAAACUAUCUAUUAGCCCAAGAUCUUUUGGGCAUUGUUGAAUCUGAGGAUUCUUGUUCGGAAGAUGUGGGCUAUUGGAGGAAAAAGAAAGCUGCCGCUCUACAUGCAAUUCAUAUUACAUCUUCACCAGAAAUUUUUGCACAAAUAAAGAAGAUCAGCUCGGCAAAGGACGCUUGGAAUAAAUUAGCCAAAAUGCACCAAGAGUGGAAAUCUAAGGCAAAGACGUUGAGGAUAUUAAAAGCAGUUGAUGAGAUGACUGAAAAUCCUCAUUAUGUAGAGUUGAAAAAAAGCAUUUGUAAAGGAGACUGGGAUGGUGUAAAGCAGUUUUUUGUUUUCCACAAGUAUCCACUAAAUACAAUAAUAGUAUCAUCAGACUACUGCUUCACUGCUCUUCAAUUUGCAAUCGAUGCCGGGCGAGAUAAGAUUGCCGAGGAAUUGCUAAAGAUGAUCUCGGAAAGAGAUCUGGAAAUAAUAAAGACCAACAGUGCCAGUGGUGGUCACACGUGUCUUUCUUCAGUUGCAUUUACAGGAAGAACACACGUAGCAAGAUGCAUAGUCCAAAAGAACCGCAACUUACUUAUAAUUGAAAGUGAUAAAGGCUUUAUCCCAGUAACUGGCGCAUGUUCUGUUGGCCAGAAGGAGAUGACAUACUACCUUUAUUCUGAAACCCCAGCCGAAGUCUUGGCACCACAAAAUGGCAAUCAUGGAUUCCGUCUCAUCCGCUCGGCUAUAGCUAACAAAAUGUUAGACAUUUGUUAUGAUCUACUUGGACGCUUCCCAAGCUUGGCUGUUGCUACAGACAAGGAAAUGCAGGGGGUGUCUCCUAUUCUUGCACUGUCCCGUCAACCUUCUGCAUUCCCCAGUGGAUGCAGGCUUCAGCUUUGGAAAAAACGGAUAUAUCAUGGGUUAAAGGUAAAGUUACCCACCACUUCUUCUGGUGAAGUACGAAUUCCAGUUCCUCAAGACCAAUACCUCAACAAAAAGAACGUAAGAAUACAAGUAUUUGAUCGACUUGGUGGAUUGAGCUUAACGCUCCUAAAUUUUUUCGGAAUCAAACAAAUAUAUGAUUUGAAAUUGACACAUCGCUAUGCCCUACUGAUUCUUCACCGUAUGUGUAACCAUGUAUCAACUUUAAAAGUCCAACAUCAUUUUGAUUGUGGAGUAGUCGAUGCAAUGUUUGAAGCUACCAAGCAGGGCAUAGUUGAAUUUGUCGUUGAGCUAUUGAAAGUCAGCCAACCACUCAUUUACUAUAACAGAGAUCGCAGACACGUUUUCAUGGUUGCAAUCCAAUAUCGUCAAGAAAAUAUUUUCAACCGUUUUUAUGGCAUUCAUGAGGAUUGGAAGGCCUUGCUUCUUGGUCAAGUAGAUAAUAAAGAGAACAAUACGUUACAUGUUGCAGGGGAGAUAGCUCCUGACUUUCAGCUUGCUCGAAUCUCCAGCCCAGCAUUGCAGAUGCAAAGAGAACUACAAUGGUUUAAGGAGGUGGAAAAAAUUGUUCCAGAAUGGUGCAAAGAACAUAAAAAUCAUAAUGGUGAAACCCCUUACGAAGUAUUUUCCAAGAGCCACAAGGAAUUAGUGAAAGAGGGGGGGCAAUGGAUGCGAAACACAGCAGAGUCCUUCAUUAUCGUCGGUACUCUCAUUGUUACAAUUAUGUUUGCAGUCGCUUUCACCGUACGAGGUGGCAGCGAUCAAAACACUGGAUUUCCGAUUUUUUUACUAAAAAGAUCAUUUAUGAUAUUUAUAAUAUCUGAUGCAAUUUCCUUCUUUGCUGCAUCAACUUCAGUCUUAAUGUUUUUGGGAAUCCUAACAUCGCGUUUUGCCCAGGAAGAUUUUCUUGUGUCCUUACCCAGGAAGUUGAUCAUUGGCCUCUCCACUCUUUUUAUUUCUAUUGCAGCAAUGAUGAUUAGCUUUUCUGCAGCUUUUUUGAUCAUGCUACAAGAUCGAUGGUCGGCAAUCAUUCCCAUAAUUUUGAUGGCUAGCAUUCCAGUUACACUUUUUGUAUGGUUGCAGUUUCCCCUCCUCCUUAAAAUUUUUGUUUCUACGUAUACUCCUGGUAUCUUUGACAAAAAAAUAAAGCCUUGGCUGUAGUGGAAAACAAGUUAGAUUGAUAUUUCCUUUUUUUCUUGUAACAUAAGUAAGUAGUUACCCCUCAAUGUUAAAAUUCCUUAGCUUGUUCUUUGUUAGGCUUGUUGGAACUCUCAAUUUCUCUGUUUUAUUUGGUUGUGCUAUUAGAUUUCUUGGUUUUUGUGAGACUUAAUCUGUGGUCUACGUCUAUGUUCCUUCCCUUUGUGUAAAACAGCAUUGGUGUUGUUCGAAUAUAUUUUCAGAUUUCUU